AUGACUCGACCCGACUCGCCGUUAGACGACGAGUCGCCGGUGACUGAAGGCGCUCCAACAGCAGCAGCCAUCGCAGAAACCAUACUCGAGAGGAUGGCGCAGCAAGACGCCGCCCAGAAGGCGACAACAGAGCAACUCGUCCCCAUCGCCGCCAUUUUAGCUCCGUUGGCCGGGGGCUCAGGAGAUCCGGCUACGACUAUCCGAAAACAACUGUUCGACACUUACAGAACAGCCAGUGCCGGAAACCCCACAAACAUGGAUGCCGUACAGGUCCAAACGCCCGGCGGCAUCGAUCUCGUCACUAUCCGGGAACUCGCCGAGCUUAAGCAAUCAGUCCUGGACAUGAAAGACCGGAUGCUUGAAUGGCCUACUUCAGCACCGCUGAUCGAACGCGUCCUCGCCGAAACCCUAAAAACCCCUUUUUCUCGGAAGAUCACCGACGUUCGUUACCGGCCGAUCGAAAAAAUUCGCCUUCCGACGUACGCCAGAAAGGCGGACCCAACUGAUCACUUCACUGCUUUCAACAUCACGAUGGGUCGAACCAACUUCUCCGAAGAAGAAAGGGACGCCGGUUACUGUCGUCUCUUCGUCAAAAGUCUUCAAGGACAGGCCCUCUGGUGGUUCACUGGAUUGGAGCGAGACUCCAUCAACGACUUUCACGACCUGACGACUGCAUUCCUCAAGCAGUGCAUUAUGUUUACAAGACAAGGAGCGACUUUGUCUGACCUUUGGAAUCUAUCUCAAGGAUCGAGCCAAAGCCUCCGCGACUUCAUGGAAAAGUUCAAAGCAGUCGCCUCGAAAGUGCAAGUCCCCGACAGUGUCACCGUCGACACGCUAAUGAAUACCCUCUACUUCAAGUCCUUGUUUCGCGAGGACCUCUACAGAAAUCCUACCACCUCGCUCCAGGAUGCUAUCGCUAGGUCGAACAACUUCAUCCGUAUGGAGGAAGAUACAGUAGCGAUACUCAAGAAACUGAACACGGCAGCCAAACCGGCAACCGCCCCGAAAGCUCCCGAGGCACGCCAAGAACCCCGUUAG